CAUAUCCGAAAGUAUUCUAAGCAAGGUAUGAAGAUGAUUAAGGAAACACCAAACGUUUAUGAAAAAGUUGUCAAGACUUAUAUAGAUCAAAUACCUCAUUCACGAUUGACUUGGUUUGUGUUACGAAAUAUACUUUCUCAUGUAACUGAGACAGAAAAGAUUAUUUACGAAGACCUUUCCCCCAACAAAGCUUUCAUGAUCAUACCUGACCUUAAAUGGGACCAACAAAGCUUAUCAUCUCUCUAUGUACUUGCAAUUGUUCAAGACCCUUCAAUUAGAUCCUUACGAGAUAUAACACCUAUCCAUCUCUCACUUCUGAAAGCCAUCGCUAUAGAUGGUACCCGAGCAGUUCAAGCACGUUAUGGAGUUCCAAAAGAAGAACUAAGGUUGUUUGUACACUAUCAGCCAAGUUACUACCAAUUUCAUGUUCAUAUUGUACAUAUCGAACAUACAGGUUUCCCAGGAGUUGCAACAGGACAAGCACAUCUACUUGAUGAUAUAAUCGAGAAUCUAGAACAAGAAAUACUACAAAAACCUAUACCUGAAAAGAGCUUUUAUGCUCGUCGAACCUUUACUUAUGCUCUAGGCGAGAACCAUGAAAUGUUUGAAAAACUUUGGGAAGCUACUAAGGCUUGUCAUUCAAUUCCAUCAGAUCUGUCUUGAUACUAAGGCCUCAAUCAAACAAGUCGCGUUCAAGCCGAACCCCAGAAUGUAUGAUCUUUUAUCUUUGUGUAUAAUUGAUGACAAAUUAAAAAGGAAUGAUGUCCUUCAUCAGG